AUGCAAAAGAUCAAAACACUGGUUAACUGCUUUAGUAGCCCAUUCUCGGCGGUCAUUAAAUUUCAGAAACAAUUUGUUGAUGAUGUGAUCGUCAAUGUCAAGAAGCAAACUGAAGAGCUGGACCGUCAUAAUCGUGAGCGGCGCAACCGAGAAGUACGGCUGCAUCUCGAUCACCUAGAGGAAGAGUAUCUUUGUUGUGUCUGCGGCAGGCCGGGUGAGGAACGGGAAACAGAGGACCUAGUUCCUGAUGAAUUCAGCAUCGUACAUAUGCCAAGCAAGGAUCAAAUCGAGCAGGCAAUCAUCGCCUAUGGUCGGUCAGGGGACAAUGUGGGCUGGGGUGAGGGCGCGGAGACUCUCCGCGCAUUAGGACCACAGGUCUACGCACUUUUAGGCGUUCUCUCAGCAUCUGAGAUGGAUACACGCAAGAUGGUGGCCAAGGUUCAGCAUGCUCUUCUAAAUCAAGAGGCCGCGGAGAAACAAAAACGCAAAAAGUCAUCUCACAGAGACAAAGGACUUAUGAAGAUUGAGGAGUCCGAUAUUGAUAUGUUUCAGCAGUUUUUUAAGCGACCUGUUCACGGUUACCUCUGCCGGGAUUGUCAUAUUUCAGCAAAGAAGAGGCUUGAUGCCCUCACAAACCAAAUCCAGGGCAUCUUGUACAGGGGGAAAACCCCGUUGCUUCGCAACAAAAAUAUGACCCGGGCUCAGGUCCAAGACGGCACAGCACCUGCAACGUUGAACAUAACAGCUCCGUCGAGCUUGGUAGUUAGUGCGACGGAUGGAAGCUCUGCAUGUCUCUCUGAUGCGACCAUAAUAUGCCUUAGGUCAAUUGUUCGAUGCGCUGUUUGCAAGCGACGACAGGCAUCUUUUUUUGUACGACAAAGUGUUAUGUUUCUUUGUCAGUUUUGCUGCGCAAGAGACCGCUUUUACCGCGACAGCGCGGUUUGCAUCAACGAUGAGCUCAUGCCAAGAGAGACCGCCCACUUGCUUCAAAGCCUGGCAUCUCACUACGAAAAGGUGAGGAGUGAGGAAGAAGUCAACGCACUGCCUCCCGCCCAGGCUGACGCGUCCCGUGUCGACCUUUUCUCAGAGCACAAUGCCUUUGACCUCUUCGCAGCUCAGGCACCGCCGUAUUCCAGAAUAAACGUAACACCAGCACUCCCGACCGUUUCAUCCCCUUCUGAGCGAAGGGUUGUUGCGGGUAAUACGUCGGUUUCGCUCUUUGCCGGAAAAAAAAUUCACUGGAACCUGCUUCACUUUGGUGUGUUGUAG